AGUGCUGAGGGGUGUUUUCUUAAUUUGGAGUCCCCCAAAAUAGGUGGCGUCUUAUACAUGGGGACAUCUUAUACACGGAAAAAUACAGUAUAUUGCAUAUUUUGAAAGUACGUAUUGCACUUCAAAAGGGUAAUUUGUUCCAGGCUUCAUUUUGGAUUUUCAUUAUGGCUAUGGCUGCUAGAGUGAGGCGAUUUAAGGGAUUGCUUUCAUUACACAGAACAGCAGAUUACGUUUCCAAGGUGAGCACACGCAGGCGCUGUAAUACCAUCUUAUUGCAACUGUAUUGCUGGCAUCCUCUUCACUAGAGUUACUUUAUUCCCUCCUUCCCCUCCUCUUCGUUUUGUUCUAGAUAUACACUUUCCUUAGAAAGCGAAGAAUUUCAUUACCAUUCAGGAUUUACUGCAGCACAUGGAAUGAAUAGAAUGAGUCCUCUCCCAGAUAAUACCUUUCAAUUAUGACCACAAAGACCAAAGAGGCGAUCAAAACCCAUCACUCACAUUCAGAUGCCCACAGCUUGCCUAUCCAGGGCGAAAACAAAAGUACGAAAGGAGUGGAAAAUGGUGAAAGCAGCAAAUCUGAUGGCGAAAAGGAAAAAGAACAGGACACAGUGGCCAAGGAAAAUAAGGACAGCCAAGAGAGACAGAAAGAUAAAGCUGAGAAGAAAAAUAAGGAAGAGGAGGAGAAGAAAGAGGUAUUUGUUAUUGAUCCCUCGGGAAACUUGUAUUACAACUGGCUGUUUUGCAUCACUCUGCCUGUCAUGUACAAUUGGAUAAUGAUCAUUGCUAGAGCCUGCUUUGAUGAACUUCAAAGCAACCAUCUAGAGAUGUGGUUCAUUUUGACUAUAUAUCAGACAUUUCUCUAUGUUGCUGACAUGUUUGUACGUACAAGGACAGGUUACCUGGAACAAGGUUUGUUGGUGAAAGAAGAACUUAAACUCAAGAAAAAAUAUAAGGGAACUGUACAAUUUAAAUUAGAUGUACUUUCCAUCAUUCCAACUGAUCUACUUUACUUCAUGUUAGGCUUGAACUACCCAGAAAUACGAAUAAACAGAUUACUUAGAAUAUCACGUAUGUUUGAAUUCUUCCAGCAAACAGAAACAAGAACAAGUUACCCAAAUAUAUUCAGAAUUUCAAAUCUUGUCAUGUAUAUUAUAAUUAUUAUCCACUGGAAUGCAUGUAUGUAUUUUUCAAUCUCCAAAGCCAUAGGCUUUGGAACAGACACAUGGGUCUAUCCCAAUAUUAGCCAUCCUGAAUUUGGCCGGCUGGCUAGAAAGUAUCUUUACAGCCUUUACUGGUCAACACUGACCUUGACAACUAUUGGUGAAACACCACCUCCCGUGAAAGAUGCUGAGUAUUUCUUUGUCGUUGUUGACUUCUUAGUUGGUAUACUAAUUUUUGCUACCAUUGUUGGUAAUAUUGGUUCUAUGAUCUCCAACAUGAAUGCUGCUAGGGAAGAAUUUCAAGCAAGGAUUGAUGCUAUAAAACAGUACAUGCAGUUUCGGAAUGUGAGCAAAGACUUAGAAAACAGAGUUAUCAAGUGGUUUGAUUAUUUGUGGACAAAUAAGAAGGCAGUAGAUGAAAGAAAAGUCUUGAAGUAUCUCCCAGAUAAAUUACGAGCAGAAAUUGCCAUCAAUGUUCAUCUGGAAACUUUAAAGAAAGUCCAGAUUUUUGCAGAUUGUGAAGCUGGCUUACUGGUUGAGCUAGUCUUAAAACUACAGCCUCAGGUGUACAGUCCUGGAGAUUAUAUCUGUCGGAAAGGUGACAUUGGGCGAGAAAUGUACAUCAUCAAAGAAGGGAAACUUGCGGUGGUUGCUGAUGAUGGAGUUACUCAAUAUGUGGUCCUAAGUGAUGGCAGCUACUUUGGGGAGAUUAGCAUUCUUAACAUUAAAGGUAGCAAAGCUGGAAAUCGGAGAACAGCUAACAUUAGAAGCAUUGGUUAUUCAGAUUUGUUUUGUCUGUCUAAAGACGACCUAAUGGAGGCUUUAACAGAAUACCCAGAUGCAAAGGCCUUGUUGGAAGAGAAGGGAAAGCAAGUCCUUAUGAAAGAUGGACUGCUGGAUUUAGAUGUUGCAAACGCAGGAAAAGAUCCUGAAGAUAUCGAGGAAAAGGUCAACCAAAUAGAAGUAAUGCUUGACUGUUUACAAACAAGGUUUGCUAGACUUCUGGCUGAAUAUGGUGCUGCACAGCAAAAAUUGAAAAUAAGGCUAACACAAGUUGAGAGCAUCAUAAAAGCGCCUAUGGAUUUUGAUUUAUCAAAUUUAGAAGAAACUGAAGAAUGAAAAGAGUAGAAACGGAGCUAUUGUAAGGACUGCUGAAUCUGUAAUAGUCUAAUAAAAGACAAAAUAAGGAGGCUUCAUUGAACAUGGAAUCUGUUAAUCUUGGCUGAUUUUCUUUUUAAGCCAAGCAUGAAGGGUAUUUUCAAUAAUUUACAUUUUAUCUGUUAUAAGUGUGACCAGAAAAUAUCACUUGAUCUAGAUGAUAAGCUGGACUCCUCAGCAGUCAUUUUGAUUUACAGAUAAGUUUGCUGCACUUUCUACUCAGAACAAAGUCAACUCUGAUAGAAGAUCUUUGUUUUGUAGCAGCUGCCCAGGAAAUUAGCAGUAAUUAUAAUCAGUCAGUUGCAAGUUAUCGGGAGAAUGUGAUGCAAUAAAAUUCCACACUGUUUAAUAAAACCCUUGUGAAAAUU